AAUAUGGUUAUCAAGAAAAUUAUCAAUGCGUAUGAUAAUUAUAAUUGGAAGUAUUUUAAAUCUAGGAGUAUUUAUUCGUUUAUUAUCAUUAAUAAAACAAAAUAAUAGUUAUUUACCAUUAAUUAUUGGACAAAUAUUUCCGGCAAUAGGAGCACCUUUCUUUUUAAAUUCUACAGCAUUAUUUUCUGCUCGUUGGUUUUCACCUUCUCAACGUGAUAUAGCAACAUCAAUUUGUUCAAUGGCUAAUCCAUUAGGUUUAGCUAUUGGUUCUCUUCUACCAUCAUUAAUAAUAACUGAUAAUCCAUCAUCAAAACAAUUUUUUAUUCUUUUAAUAAGUGAAUCUUGUUUUACUCUGUUAACAACAUUAUUAAUAAUAAUUUUAUAUCGUUCUCAACCUCGAUCUCCUCCAUCACCUUCCGAAGAACAUCAUCAAUUAAUUAAUUUAAAACAAGAUUUUAUUAAUCUUAUUACAAAUCGUCAUUAUUUAAUUCUUUUAUUUGGUUUUAGUGUUGGUUUAGCUUUAUUUAAUUCUAUAAACAA